AUGCACGCUUUGCGUCGUGAGAAGUGGCAGGGAAAGAAGAAACACAGCGACAUUAUUGUGGACGAGGAUUGCAGUAUUUGUCAAGAUGCUUAUAAGCCGGAGGAGACACUUGUUGUGCUGGAUUGCAAGCACGCAUAUCAUGAAGAAUGCUGCUUGAUGUGGCUGAAAACCAAUGGUGUCUGUCCUAUUUGCAGGGCACCCGUCAAGGAAAGCAAUGGUCAAGCAGCGAACACUCCUGCACCAUCGGCACCGGCAUCAGCAGGACAGGAAUCUAGGGAUCGCAUCGAACAGGAAGCUCAGACUGAAAUGCCACCGGAGCCGAGAUCCUUCCUUCCCCAAUUUAUACUCCCUUUCGUCAAUACGCGUGGUCAGCAAGGGUCACCCGCUCCCGGACUUCAGCGUCAAGACUUUCUACCUGAAGAUGAGCUGGAUUGA